CAUUGCUUAGCCAAGCACCCCAUAAAUAUGUGCCACUCAUCUGCCUGGUCCCCAAAUCUUUCCUUCCUUUCACUCACUCUGGCUGGAGUACUUCGGACGAUAAACUCAGCGAUGACGCGAUUGCGAUCCAAAACCCACGCCGUAGCGGCGUCAUCAACAGCGAAAUCGACGGCCAAACCUCGCGGGGUCUACGCACGCAAACUACAAAGGAAUCACGAUCAGCAGCGCAAGGAUGACGAGCAGAGAGUCAAUGACUUCGCCUUGAAACCUCUUGUCGAGACAGAGAAGCCCCUCGCCCGAAAGACUCGAACACAGCGCGAAAGCUACUGGGAUGCCUUGACAAUGUAUUUGGAGAUAUAUCACCCUAACAGGACUGUAGACGAGAUCUUCGUCAAGCUUUGUGAGGGUGGCGACGUGUUGCACCUAAUCCAGGGCUUUUUCGUUAGUUAUAUCACGAAUUCCCAAGUCGAACGCCCAUCCCUUGGACCCGAAGAGUACGUGACAGUCCGACAGGUCAAAUGCGCGAUGACAGCGAUGGACAUUUGGAAAUCAUUGUGUAUGAGGGCCGACUCGACCGUAUUACUCAACAAGAGAGCAGAAAAUGCGCAGAAUGCGCAGAUGUAUAUUCUGCACACAAAAAAGAACGUUGUCGGCCGACAACAUGGGGAAGUCAGGAAGAUCACCGAGUGGAUUGAGAGGAAGCUGGCGGUUGACUUCGACCUUCGGUACGACCAGACAUUCGAGAAGAAGGAAAUGACACUUGAAGAUAUCAUGUGUUUCCUUCAGGUGCUAUGGGAGCAUGCCCAACACAUACGGUGCUCUCCACAGACCCGCCUGUCCGUGCACCUUAUGAUUUUGCUGGCAGGGAUCACUGGGUUCCGACCCUGCGAGGUCCUGGGAUUGAAGUACAGUCAGGUUAAGCUAGAGGUCGUACGCAGUCCAAGGCGUCCCCAAGAGAGAUCACUGGUUGCCCAUAUCACGAUCCGGCGGGCCAAGAGAGAGCUCGGUAAGGUUGAGAGAUCACAGAAGAAUAUAUUUUCCUUCUCCAUCGCGCUGAACUCCUCUGGGAUAUUGUGUCCGUUGAGGAUGAUGGUGGCACAGGCUCUACACAAUGACGCCUUUGAAGUUCCGUACAAGAGCCUUCAGGAGAUUCUGUGUCGACCGAACCUCGGAAACGAGAACACCCUGCAGAUUCGGUGGAAGCCGUCCAUAUUGGACAAAUCCAUCAUCCCUAUCACGUACCCCAGCUACUGGGAAACGUUUGGACGCGGAGUGCUUGUCAUGGGAGUGCGAGAUACGGACAUUCGCCUAUAUGCUCUUCGUGUUGGGGCCGGUCAGAAUCUAGAUGGCACUCUGACCGCAGCGCUUCGCAAUUAUGUGAUGCGUCACACCGGGAACGUCUUUCAGAAAAGCUAUCAGCCGCAGCACUUCGCACACGAUUUGGUCUCACUCGCGUUCAAGGACCAUGCUGGAGACAAUUCAGAGUUGUUCUCGAUGCUGAGAAAUGCAACACUUCGGAAAGAUCUCGGAGCACCUAUCUACCCGAAAAAAGAGGAUCUGCAAAAGUGGAAGCAGCGGAAAGAUCUGACGGAUCUGAAAAGCCAAUAUAACGAUCUAGUCUCCCAGUCCUCAACACAACGUCCUGAAGCCAAGGCUAUAAUGGCCAAGAUGCAACACAUCACAGAAGUACUUUCUGAACUUAGGGUUGCACAACUACGAAAGGAGUAUUUCUCCAAGAUUGAUAGGCUCAGAGAGCUUGGAGAGCCGCUUCCAGCCCCGGUCGACCACAUCAACCCUUUCAGAACGUACAAUGAGAAGGCUUGCCUUGCAGCCCGCGAAUUGGGCCUUGCACUUUCUCAGACAACACAGCUUAAUCAGAUGGAGAUGUCUGCUGUGACGGAUGCUCUUGUUGCAUAUUUGGGACAUCAGCCUUUCAGGAUUCGUGCAAUACUCCAAGAUGCUGGGAUGGCACAGUCACUUCCAGACCCUCCAGUCAUGGAAGUAUGCAGCAAACCCUCCAGUCAUGGAAGUAUGCAGCAAACCCUUCAUGUGUCUCAUCGAUGGCCGACCGUUUCAAGAUCGAGGGAAACUCAGCAAUCACAACAAUCUCAUCCACUAUCGGAAAGGGACAUUCGACAAACCCUUUCAGUGCCCUGCGUGCACCAGUAACAUCGAUGGCCCGAUAGCAUGGAGCAACCAUACAGAACGUGUGCAUGGCAGAUGGUGCUCGCCCAACCCCCCACCUGGCCUUUUCCUGGGGCGGAAUGUCUCCUGCGCGGACGAUAUUCACCCGGAUGAGUGUCAUUUCUGCGCAGUCCCGUGGGCCAGUAACUCGGGCUCCUUCCGAAGGCAUUUCAACUGCUCUCACAGCAAGGUCUUCGAUGACCCAUUUGAUUGCCCGAUUUGCAUUCGUGCGAGCAACUCCCGGUUUGUCAUCAACGGUGUCGAAGAGUGGCAAGAUCAUCUAGAACGAAUCCAUGAUGGUGGAGGGAGGUUCGGGCGUCUCCAUGUUCCACCCAAUUAGAGCGGAGCGCUAAAGCGGGCACCUCAGAAUGUAUCGCAGUGAGAAAUAGAUUGGAUACGAUAAACGAGUACAUAGCAUAAUUUGAACGUCUUGAUGAACCCGUAAA